UGAUCGGGAUCGGAAAGCAAGUGCCCGCCGGGCUGGGAGCUGGAGUAAACAAUGGCAUCGUACGUGCUGAGGAUAAUAUCGCUGACUCUUGGUGUCUUCUUCAUCUUCAUAGGCACCUUGAAGCUUACCCCUUCUGUCAACAAAGAAUUACACAAAGAAAUGAGGAAAAUGUAUAUACGAAAUGCCAAAGUUUUCCCCUUAAUAAAAUGGACAAAGUGGAAACCAAACUCCCACUUAUACAGAAAAGUGAUUGGUGGAUCUGAAGUGGUGUGUGGUGCCAUUCUAGCCUUUAUACCAGGUCCACUGAAAGAGGCAGCCAAUGUGCUAAUGAUACUCAUAGCUUGUCUAGAUGUAUACUCACACUAUGCGCUGGAUGAAGGCCUGGAUAAGAUGAGUCUCUCCGUGGUUUUCUUCCUCUUGCUCAUGUGCCGACUCAUCAUCCACCUCCAGAUGAAGGCUCGCGAGUACGAGGUUUCUGAACGUGCUCAAGCCUCGGAACGAGACCAUGCCCCGCCCACCUGUCAAGGACACACCCACUCUGUUCACCCAGCAGCUGGAGCUGGAUUUACUGCCGCUGAUAAAAAGAACCAGUGAAACAGUGACUGGUAGGGACAUUCAGGGGAAGUAACCCCUCUCUGGAAGAGGCAGAAGAAAGAAAUCGCAUGAUGUGGGUUAAGUGUCUGAAAAUAUUCAGGUUGACUGGGUUUUUUUCACAGAAGCGACCUGAUCAUUAUGAAAUUCAUCAAAUUGAAAUCCAUGUUUUCACUAUUUUUUUUAUUAUCAUGGAUUGUGUUGUUUUAUACACAGGGCAUUUGUGCAACUGGUUUUUAUUUUGGUUUGUAUUUAUUUUUUUUUAUUCAGUAUGUUUAAUUUCUGGAUACAUUGUAAUUGUGUAUGUAAACCUUUUAAAAAAAUAAAUAUUAAAUGAA